CUGUCUACCUCUGACAUAACGACUUUAGGCCAGUGAAGUCGUAUUACAUUCUGCCUAAAACAACAGACCUUGGCCUUUUACACCAUCAAAAGGGCCCAUUAUUGCUUCACAGGCAUCCAAUCCAGCCCGACCAGUACCGAGCCCCGGAAGUUAUUCUAGACGCUGGAUGGACAUAUAAUUUGGAAUAUGCUUGAAUCUCGGGACCUCUUUAAUUCGCCGCUUGAUGAGGAGGGAAAUUAUCACUCUGAAGCUCAUCUGAGCUAAUCGAUCGCGAGCGUGAUGGGCCACCUGCUGCUCAGAGUGAGGCUGGAACGAUGUGCAAUACGGCUUCCGAAUGGUAUGGCGGGCCAUUCUUUGACGAAAACGGUAUGGCUGUUUUCCUACACAUUCCUCACUGCUACCAAGUUUCAAACCGAUAUUAUAUCAGGGGAGUUCCUGCACAAAGGCACUAUACCGUUCGAGGCACCUGAGGCAUUGAAGUCCGCGAAACUUGGAUGA